GUCCGGGUGCUGUUUCCUUUUUUUUGGUUUUACUUCCACGGUUUUUAAAAGAGGAAACAAAUUUGGCUGUUAGUCCCUCGUGACACCUACCGUGCUAACUUGAGCUUGUAAAUAGCUGCAAGUUUUUUUUUGCUGAAGUUGACUUUAAUAAGCAUUUACAACUGUCGAUCACGAACGCUUCCCCUCCCCUUUUUUAUUGCUGAUAUGAGAAGAACGUGCAGCGUGUUCUGAAGAUUUGUGUUUAAUCUCACCCAGGCGAUAAGAGCUCCCUAAGAGAUUUGACCCCCCUCCUUCCCUCGAUCAAAAUUACAGAUUUGAAGUUUUCCCCGAUUUUGUUUCUCUCUAAGGCGAGAUCAGUUUUCUGAUACGCUUGUCACCGAUUUUUGUUCUCACGUCAAGCUACAGGGAAUCUUGGAUUCACGUGAUUGAAGCUCGAACAGUAACAAAAUAGCUGCUUUUAGAUGGUUGGUUGUUGAAACCUCCCCCUUUAAAUCCAUCAACAAUUCAUUACAGCUUUUAGCUCUAAACGCCAGCUAAUUAAACUGUGUAGCUCCUAAUCCGAGUACAAGAUGACAAAAAAAAUGGAAGUAAUUUAUUCGUGCGUGUGGAUCGUGUGAGUCGAAAAUAAGGGAAAUAUCUAUCUCUCUGUCUCUUUCUGUAUAAAAUAAACACAUGAGAGGGUUGAAACACGUGGCGGAGAAGCGAAUGUCCUCCCACAUCCAAAGCAGCGAAGUUCAUCCAGUUUUUAUCCAAGCGAUCCCAUCUUCAGGAUGUCAGUGAACAGUUCCAUUGCUACGAGUAAAGGUGUUGAUUCAAACGCGGUUGAUACUUACGACAGUGGCGAUGACUGGGAGAUCGGAGUGGGGAAUCUGAUCAUCGAUCUAGACGCGGAUCUGGAGAAAGACAGGCAGAAAUUGGAGAUGAAUAACUCGAGUUCGAGCAGCGGCGGCAUUGCAGCCCCGGGCAGUGGCAGCAGCAGCAGCAGCAGCAGCAAGGACUGCGGGGCCAGUGUCACAGCAGCUUCAGCCCUUUCUGAGAGCCUCAAAUUCACCUCCUCUUCGGUCCAGCCUCCCCCUGGCAAUCCCCACAAGGAGACUGGCAAAUCCAAAGUGAAAAGAAGCAAAACUUCCAAGGAUGCUAAUAAAUCUCUCUCCUCCGCCGCACUGUAUGGGAUUCCUGAAAUUAGCAGUGCUGGCAAGAGGCAGGAAGUUCAAGGGCGCCCUGGAGAGGUUUCUGGCAUGAAUUCAGCCCUGGGUCAAACAGUGAGCAGCAGCAGCAGCAGCAACAGCGGCAGCGGUAGCGCUGGUUGCAACAAUAAUAACAAUAACAUUAAUAAUAACACUGCCCUUGGCAAUUGCACUAAAAACAAAGAGGAGAAAGCGGGCAAGGGCACGGGCAGGGGAGGCUCGAAGCGGGAUAAGGAGGCUGCCAGGUCUCGCAAGGAUGGCAAUAAGCAGGAGGUGGGGGUGCACCCUGGACAGCACCCGAUGUCAGCGCCCGUGACACCCGCUGCCCAUCUCUUUAAUUUCGGUGCCAAAAGCGGCAGCAGCUCCUUACAGUGCUGCGGGGAGCCCACAGCCCGUAUCCCGGACAUUAAAACCACUCUGGAGUCAGGAAUACUGAGCAACCCUGUCGUUCUGAAAAAGGAUGAUGAAGAGCAUGACGAGGAGAGUGUCCGACCCAUCAAGAAGUUGAAAACUGAUAAGGUUGAUCCCUUGUUCACUGUGCCUGCACCUCCACCACCAAUCUCUGUGAGCAUGCCACCUCAGAUUCUGCCUUCUUACUUUCCAUCUUCAUCUAGCAUAGCUGCACCAGUUGAGCAGCUUUUAGUAAGAACUCGUUCAAUGGGUAUAAAUACGUGCGAGGUUGGAGUAGUGACUGAGCCGGAAUGCCUUGGACCUUGUGAGCCGGGAACUAGUGUAAACCUGGAAGGGAUUGUGUGGCAUGAAACUGAGGAAGGUGUUCUAGUGGUAAAUGUGACUUGGCGAAAUAAAACAUAUGUUGGGACACUUCUGGACUGCACUAAACAUGACUGGGCACCUCCAAGGUUUUGUGAAUCGCCCACGAGUGACUUUGAAAUGCGAGCCAGCCGAGGGCGAGGGAAAAGGGCGCGGUCUGUGGCUAGCGCUCCGAUGAAUGAAGCCAGUUUUACAGAGUCCAGGGGCAUGCAAAGCAAGAACCGAGGCGGGGCGAAUGGGAAAGGUCGGCGGGGGAGUCUUAACACGAGCGGGCGUAGGACACCCCCCAACUGUACCAUGGAGGAUGUGAAAACCAGCCCUUCCCCCAUUACCAAAAGGAAGAACAAGCCACCCAUGGAGUUGGACCUGAACUCCAGCUCCGAGGAUACCAAGUCCGGGAAGAGGGUCCGUACAAAUUCGAGAAGCACUCCAACCACCCCACAGGGGAAGCCCGAGACUACUUUUGUGGAUCAAGGUUGCUCUUCUCCCGUAUUAAUUGACUGUCCCCAUCCAAACUGUAGUAAGAAGUACAAGCACAUCAAUGGUUUGCGAUACCACCAGGCUCAUGCACAUUUAGAUCCUGAGAAUAAAUUGGAAUUUGAGCCGGACAUUGAAGACAAAAUGUCAGACUGUGAAGAGGCUUUGAGUAACGUGGCAAUUGGUGUUGAACCUGCUGAGCCAGGAAAUGGCAGCUUGCUUUCUGCCAGUGGAUUGAGUUACGAUCCAAUGAAAGCUCCUCCGUCACCUAUCACUAGCACCCCAGGGACACCAAAGGGCCGCAAAGACUUGGCUAACGCUGCCCAGAGCCCAAUAGUCAACUCUAAAUCUGGGAAGAAUGCUAGUAAAAGGAAAGGACUGCAUAACGACCUGAAUAAUCUUCCUGUGAUUUCCAACAUGACUGCAGCUUUGGAAAGCUGCUCAGUUCCUGAUGGUGGGUCUGCUUCAGAAAUGCCCAAACUUGAAGUGGAAGGGGUCAUAGAUAAGAAAAAUAUGGGUGACAAAGAAAAAGGGAAAAAGAGCAACAAUGGCAAAGUGGACAAAACGUUAUCAAAGCCUAAAACAACAAGGCCAAUUGCUCCGGCUCCUCCCCCACCACAGCUGAUUGCUAUUCCCACAGCAACAUUCACAACCACCACUGCAGGAACAAUACCAGGGCUACCCUCUCUGACUACAACAGUUGUCCAGGCAACACCAAAGAGUCCACCGCUGAAACCUAUUCAACCAAAGCCUACAAUUAUGGGAGAACCUAGCGUGGUAAACCCAGCUCUGUCCUCCCUCAAGGAUAAAAAGAAGAAAGAGAAGCGAAAGCUGAAAGACAAAGAAGGUAAAGAGACAGUCAGCCCCAAGAUGGACUCGAAGCUCGGGAAACCUGAGGAUUUAAAGGCUUCUGCAAAAGAGCUGACUGCACAUUUUUUAAAAGAGCAUCUCAAUAAAAAUGAAGUGCUUGUGAAUGGUUUAUGUGACUCUCAGGAGAGCAGAAUGGCCAGCAUAAAAGCCGAGGCUGAUAAGGUUUACACAUUCACAGACAAUGCACCCAGCCCUUCUAUUGGGAGUGCCUGUAGGCUGGAAUGCAGCAGUCUGGUUAAUGGACAAUCUCCCAUGACACCAUUGCAUGUUUUAACACAAAAUGGUGGUGAUGGGACCGCUACCAAAACAAACAGCCCGGCUUACUCUGAUAUUUCUGAUGCUGCUGAUGAUGGUGGCUCUGACAGCAGGUCAGAGGGCGCAAGGUCAAAGACUAAUUCUCCUGCAGAUACAAUUUCCUCCAAGGAGACUAUUGUAAAAACUCAUUCCUCAGCCUCUUCUCAGCCAGCACAAAGUAAAGAGACUCAUUCACCUUUUUACCAUGGUUACGAGCCUUACUAUUCUCCUAAUUACAUGCACCCUAGUCAGGUCAGUAAUGCCACGACUGGAAAUCUUUCUUCAGCCCAGAGCAUCAAAGUGAAAAAAGAGGCAGAUGAAGAUGCUGAGAAAAAGGAGAAGGUGGAGGUUUUGGAUGUUAAAAAAAGUGACACAAGUGCAGUAAAUGUCCAGGCUCAGCACCAAUCUGUUAUUACACAAAGACAUCCAGCACUUGCUCAGUCACUGUAUUAUGGACAAUAUGCAUAUGGCUUAUGUUACGUUGACCAGAAAUCAAUAAUGACAAACCCUUCUUACAGGCAACAAUAUGAAAAAUUUUAUGAGGAGCAGCGGUUUGCAGAGCAGAAACUGCAGCAGUUGAGUAGAGAUAAUGAAAGAAAAGGUGAAGGGCAGCAGAAGGAUCUGGGAAAAGAUGAAUUAAAACAGAAAAAUAUUCCAACCGCCACAAUCUCAAAAGCCCCUUCUACCCCUGAGCCAAACAAAAGUAGCACAAAAGCUAAGGAUCCCUUCUUGCUGUCAGAUUCCUCAAAACCUGGUAUCGCUAACAAAGCAGAUGAGCUAGGGAAAUCACACGUUCAGCCUCUGCAGCAGCAACAACAACUGACAAUGGACGGGUUUAAAGCCAAGCAAAUGGAGAAUCACCAGCUCAUCAAGGAGGCGGUGGAAAUGAAAUCUGUGAUGGAUUCUAUGAAGCAGACAGGAGUGGACCCCACCAUCCGCUUUAAACAGGAGCCAGAUAGCCGACCAUGGCCCCAUUAUGUUUACCAGCCAAAGUACAUGGAACAGCAAAAAAUGGACGAUUUUGAGCGAGAGAAAAAGCAGAAAGAAGACAGUCCAAUUAAGGCAUCCAGCAAAGAGGGAAAUGUAUCUAAUAUUCCUAUGGGAGUAACUAACAUAAAAGAGGAGCCAAAAGAUGCCAAACGGGCUGAAUCGCAGUCUCUCUCACUGGAGGAACAUAAAAAUAAAACUGAUGAUCGUAAGACUCCUGUCAUUGCAAAGGAGUCUCGAGGAGCUCGUGUUGCUGUCUCAUCACCAAUGAAUCAGCAUCAAUCUUACAUUCAAUACCUGCACGCUUAUAAUCCUUAUUCACAAAUGUAUGAUCCAGCCUACAGAGCAGUGUCUCCAGUGCUAAUGCAUAGCUACCCAGGGGCAUACCUCUCUCCUGGGUUUCACUACCCUGUCUAUGGGAAGAUGUCCAGCCGUGAGGAAACAGAGAAAUCAAGCACAAGUCCCAACGUGAACACUAAACCAGCGGCUGAAUCCAAGGCACUCGACCUGCUUCAGCAGCAUGCCAACCAGUAUCGCAGCAAAUCUCCUGGGCCUGCUGAAAAGGCUGCACCUGAACGCGAAAGAGAAGCUGAGCGAGAGAGAGAGCGUCAUUCACCUUUUGCACAGCGACAUGUACACACCCAUCACCACACGCAUGUUGGAAUGGGCUAUCCUCUAAUACCAGGCCAAUAUGACCCAUAUCAAGGGCUGGCAUCCGCUGCCAUCGUUGCCGGUCAGCAGGUGGCUGCGCAGGCUUCUGCAUCCGCCAUUUUCCCUGCUCAGAGAAGGGAAUGAUGACCUCAUGAGUGUAUAUUGAAUCAUAAUCAUGUGACUGGAUCACAUGAAGAAAAGGUUUAUACAGACAUCAGUUCCAUGGUGUUGAUUUGAAAUGCCUUGAUGUCAGGCGAAACCAGUCAUUUCAUAUUUGUAAAUUGCAAAUUUUAUAACUGAGUUACAAAUGUUGCUGUAAUUAAACUUUUGUUUAAAUAUAUUCCUUUUGGUUUUUUUUGUAUUGGUAACCAGGCUCACAAAUGCAGGGUCGAUUAUUGGUGGCAGUUGUCACAGUACUUUGCCGUUUCCUGAAAAUGUUAGCAACAAAAAGAUGACAAUUGCUUGGUUUUGUAGAGCAUACUGUUCUGGGUAGGUGUUCCUUUGAACUGGUUGUGGCAUUUAGACCCUCAGAGAGGCUAAUUGUGACAGUAACACUUUGGUACAGUGUUUACGUGUACUUGGUGACCCCUUGAAAACACUUAGACACUAUUUAAAUGCGUCUGUGUGCUAACUGUAUUCACAUGUCCACUGCAUUGUUGUUUAUUGUGAAGAUUAUACAUACAGAGGGCUCUAAGGGUUAUAAGAAUGCCCAUUGUGAUUGUGUGUGCGUGUGUGUGUGAGUGUAUAUAAUGUACAGGUUUGAAAUGGAAAAUAAUGAGCAUCUGUGAAUAUAAAAUGUCUUUAUGAUAUUGAAUGGCUGAUUACCCCAUAGCCUACAUAAUCUCUUCCACCCACCCAUACAAGAAGACAUCUGUGAUUGUUUAUUACUUGAACUAGUUCAGCAGUUUUAAAUGUUUACAAUUAUCCAGAUUUAGGAAGAACUUGCGCAGUUGCCUGGUUACUUGUUUUAUGCUGUAAUCUAGUUUAUUUUAUGUAAAGUGUAUAUUGAAUGCUUUCAUUUUUUAUACUUGCCUUAAAUAAUUCGGCAAUCAGAAUAAAAAACAAUGUUUUUG